GUCCUGUCCGUGUUGUGACCGCCUUCAUGUUAAGGGCAAUCGGUGAUCCUCGUCUGUACUUUCAAGUUCUGCAUCAGUUAUGGUACCUAGCGACGCCUUAGUAGCUUCUUACCAAUAACCAUUGGAACCGACUGUGUACAGUGUCAGUACUCCGUACCUUUUCCGUAUUUCGCAUACUUGGCACAACGUGGCCUUUUCUGUAUACAAGGUUGUCGCUCACCUGUUCGCUUCCUUACCUUGCACAAAAAUCUCUCCUUCAAUAUACACAUACCAAGCUACCACUAUUUCGAGAUACUUCCACCUACUAUCGGGACGUCAAUAUCUAAACUGGCCCGUACUUGAAGGCUGAGUUGUAUACGGUGGCAUCAUGGCUCAAACACCACAGCAGAGAAAGGCUAACGAGAGGUAUGCAAAGCAUGAAGCCGCAAAGCGUGGCAAAGGAGGAGCGAUACCGAAGCCAAAGCAGCACACGCGGUCUCCAGUAUCUACAGGUUGGAUCGUCAUCCUUGCAUUCGUUGUCUGCGGUGGAAUUUUUCUCGAGCUGCUUGGGGUUGUGCCCAGGUUAUGGUCUGCGCUUGUUUCAAACUUCAAUCUAUUGUUGCAGUAGGCAUAGACGCAGCCUGCUAUGUCCCAUUAACUAUCGCACAUUAUUAUUCCCCACACCAGAUAGGUGGCAAAUUCCAUAAUGAUCACAUCAAGGCCUCGGACCUUCAACUUCUUGCCUUGCGCGUUACUUGUCGUCUUUGCUGUUAUGUAACCAUUGU